GGUGGAGGAGAAGGAGCACUGAGCAGGUUUUGUUUGUUUGAACAUUUGCAACAGACUGAGAAUUUUUUCUGUUCUGUUGCUGCUGGAAAGUUUUUCUUUUUUAUGUUCUGGCCCCCUACUAUCUUAGGGUAGUAGGGGAGGAUUGUUUAUUUGUUUAAUUUUACGGAAGGAUCACAAUGGCUGAAGAUAACAGGAACGGACUGGACAAAUAGAUGCCGAGUGGACAAGGAAGUGAAUGGGCUAAAUACAGCAAAAGUUUGACGGUGAUGGUGGUGGUGGAAGGUGGAGAGAAGAAGACAAUAAUGGACGUGCUGAAGGCAGUUAAGCGGGAGUGUGGACUAGUGCUGGGGUGCAGAGUGAGAGGAGAGAGCAGGCUGGAGGUGACAAUGGAGACUGUGGAGGGAAAAAAGACACUGAUUGAUGGUUUGAAAGUUGGAGAGACUACAAUCAUGGGUAAGGAGAUGAACAGUGACGAGAUGGUUGUCUCUUUUUUGAACCUGCCUGUGUAUAUAACAGAUGAUCAAAUAAUUGACCGGCUGAAAGAGUGGGGAGUUGGAGCAGCAUCGGGGAUAAAAAGGAGAGUGUGGCCUGGAACGGAUGUGGUGGAUGGCACUCGAUUCUUGAGAGUAAAAUUCACAGAAGAGGGCAUAGAACAUUUCAGGGUGAUACAUGACCGGCAGAAGAGAGUGUGCCGUCGGUGCAUCAAGCCGGGGCAUAUUUACUGGGAAUGCCCGGAGCUGAAGUGCUACAGGUGUGGGAAGAUGGGACAUUUUUCCCGGGAGUGUGUGAGAGGAGCGGAGGAAGUGAGUUUGUCGGCGAAGGGAGGAGGAGGAGAAGAGGAGGAAGUAGGUGGAGACGGCGAGAUGGAGGAGGCGACAGGAGCAGCAGAGAACAAAGCGGUGGCUGGGAGCGUGAAGGAGAGAGAGCCCAGCGGCCUAUCCGAGGACAAGAUGGAGGUGGUGGCAGGAGCAGAGGAGGAAGCGGUGGCUGGGAGUGUGAAGGAGAGCGAGUCCAGCGGUCUAUCCACAGAGAAGGUCCGGAAGAAGAGGAUAGCCCAUAAGAAGGAUGUAAUUAAGAAAAUUAUUUUUUUUUAAAAAGGAGCAGAGAUGGGAGAGAAAUGUACACAAUCUGAGGACGGGAGCCUUUGAAAAAGCAAUGGUUGAUAAAGAUACAUGUAAGGUUAAAGGGAAAAAUUGAAUGGUUGAGGGGGGGGGGAAAAUAAAAAAAAAAAAAAAAUAAAAAUAUGUGGGGUUAAAGUAUAAACAAGGGACAGUAAAUUGAUCAUGUAAAUAAGGGGAAAAGGAAAAUGAUUUAAAUUCUUGUUGUGUUUUAGUUGUUUGAAUUUGUAGAAUGUGCUUCUUGGGUUAUGUAAUAUGGGAUUGUUGGUGGUUGAGUGUUAAUUAUUUAUUUAAAUUUUAAAAAUGUAUUUGUGGUGUUUUUGAGUGAAGAUAUAAAAAAAAAAUAAAAAAUCACAUUCCCUUAACACGGGAAAGGUCCCUGGUUCGAAACCGGGCGGAAACUUU